AUGUACGAGUUACCGAGCCUGGUGAAGACGGCGUAUUACGCUUGCAACAAGAUCGAGCGCGCCAAGUAUGACCUGUUGAGAACACGGCACGUCGAUUUGCAAAGUUGUUGCGAGUGGCUGUUCGAACUUUUCAGAGCCGAAAGAAACACAGACGAGGACGACGGCAGGGAGACAAUGUACAGCAGAUCGUCAUUGCCCAGAAGGUUUGUUAAAGUGUGCGAGGCGGCAGCGUUGUACGGACACAUCGAUUGUCUGAGACUCGCUCGUGCAAUCGGCGUCCCUUGGAAUGACCGUUACAGCAGUAUUACUCUUCAUCAUACCAUUGGUACCGUGAUAUUAGGUUCAGCGUGCGAAAUGGCUGCGAUAUCGGGCAGUGUGGACUGUCUACGGUAUGCACGGGACAACGGUAGCCCGUGGGACGAACAUACGUGUGCUAAAGCCGCGGGUUACGGCCAAUUGGACUGUCUCGUGUACGCACGUCACAACGGAUGUCCUUGGGACUUUUUUACGACCUACCUCGCCGCUCUUAACGGGCACAUGAAUUGUCUCGUCUAUGCACGAGACAACGGCUGUGAAUGGGACGAAAUGACGUGUGCCAGUGCCGCGUUGCACGGCCACAUUGACUGUUUGCGGUAUUUACAUGAAAACGGCUGCCCGUGGGACGAAAUGACGUGUGCCAGUGCCGCGAUGAACGGUCACAUAGAAUGCUUACGGUAUGCACAUGAUAACGGCUGCCUGUGGGACGAGGGUACGUGUACCAAUGCCGCGAUGAACGGUCACAUAGAAUGCUUACGGUAUGCACAUGAUAACGACUGCCCGUGGGACGAGGAGACGUAUGUCGCCGCCUUGGACAACGAAAAUUUAGACUGUCUCAAUUACGCAUUGGCUAAUGGGUGCCAGAUACCAAUGCGCUAUCGCAAUGUGAACAACGGUUGA